AUGACUGACGCAGCCGAUGCACUCUUUCAAAACCUGGAAAGCACUUUCCUCUUGUCCAAGGACGGUCUUGCACCUAUCAUUAAUGGCUUCUUGUGCGAGUUCAAGCAUGGUCUCAAGACACCUUCAAAAGGUUUAGCCACCAUGAUCCCUUCGUUCGUUACCAGGUUACCCAACGGCACUGAAACGGGCACAUUUCUGUCACUCGAUCUCGGUGGUACGAAUCUACGCAUCUCGGCUGUGGAAUUGCUGGGCAAUGGCAAGGUCCGAGUAAGCGAGCUCAAGCAAUCGCCAUCCCAUGAGCUCAAGACGGGUCCUGGUGCUGCAUUUUUCGAUUGGAUUGCCGAUGCCGUGAAGGAGCUGGUCACUUCCAAGGCACGUCAUUUGUUCUCCGAGGCACAAGUAUCUGGUAAAGAGACGCUUUCACUUGGUGUGUGCUGGAGUUUCCCUGUCGACCAAACAGGUGUGGAUCGUGGCACCAUGUUACGCAUGGGCAAAGGUUUUACCUUACAAGGCAUCGAAGGCAAAGAUUUAGCUGACAUGUUCCAUCAAGCAUUUGAACGCAAGUCUUUGAACGUGCGUGUAAGUGCCAUCUUGAAUGACACAGUGGGAACCCUUGUGGCGCAUGCAUACGCCAACCCCAAGGCACGUAUGGGCUUGAUCUUUGCCACUGGUCUCAAUGCAGCAUACCCUGAAAAGAUGGAAUUGAUUGAAAAGUUGGAUCCUGAGAUGCGUGCUUCCUAUCCUCCCAAUACUGAAAUGCUCAUCAACACCGAGAUUGACAUUUUCGGCAGCGACAAGUACUUGCCACUGACAAAGUAUGAUCGUAUCCUUGACGCUAGUCACAAUCAACCUGGUUUCCAAAGCUAUGAAAAGAUGUUGUCAGGUGCCUACUUGGGUGAACUUGUCCGCCUAAUCGCUUUGGAUUUCAUCAAGACCGGUGCUCUCUUUGAUGGUGUUGUCCCAGAAGGUUUUGGUGAAGCAUGGUCUUUCCCUACUGCUACUAUGAGUGCAUUGGAAGCAAAACCACUCUCGCCAGCAUCCCUUGAAUCUACUGUAGAAGUCCUCAGCAAGUACCAUUUUGUCACCACGCCCACCUUACAGGAUAUGGCCAUCCUUACUCGCAUUUGUCGUAUUGUUGCUUCUCGCAGCGCUGCUCUUGCCUCGGUUGCUAUUAUCUCCACCCUCAUGCAACAAAAUCUUCACACAAGCUCGGGCGACAUUGUUGUUGGUGUCAAUGGAUCCACCUAUGAAUUCUAUCCCCACAUGGAAGAACGUGUUCGUCGCUCACUUGAAGAAUGGUUUGGAAAGGAAAUUGCUAGUCGCAUCAAGCUUGAAAUCGCUCGUGACGGUGGAAGUAUUGGUGGUGCUCUUGUUGCUAUGCUUUACAGUAACUAG